CUUCCUUUAUUGGAAAAAAACUUAUAGGCGCUUACCUCAGAAAGAACGACACUAGUUUAUUCUCCUCUCAACAGUCAUCAUGGGCAACUGGGUAGAGAAUGAGGGACUUUCCAUAUUUGUAAUUUUUAUGUGGCUGGCCUUAAACGUCUUCCUCUUCACAUGGUACUACUUCGUAUAUGACCUUGGUGAAAAGUUCUACUAUACAAGAGAACUCCUUGGGCCUUUCCUGGCAUGGGCUCGGGCACCUGCAGCAUGUCUGAAUUUCAACUGUAUGCUGAUUCUGCUUCCAGUCUGUCGAAAUCUGCUUUCCUUCCUCAGAGGAUCCAGUGCAUGCUGCUCAGUGCGAGUCAGAAGACAGUUGGACAGGAACCUCACAUUUCACAAGCUGGUGGCUUGGAUGAUUGCGCUCCAUACUACAAUCCACACAAUUGCACAUUUAUUUAAUGUAGAAAAGUCUGUGAAUGCACGUAAUGAAAAUGAAACAACCAUUCAGUCUGUGCUCUCUCGAUUGGAAGAUACAGAAAAUGAAACGUUCCUAAAUUUUGCCCGCAAGAAACUCCCAAACCCUGAAGGUGGCCUCUAUGUAGCAUUCACAACCUUGGCAGGUCUCACUGGCGUUAUUAUUACCCUGUGUCUAAUAUUAAUAAUCACAUCAUCUACUAAAACUAUUCGAAGGUCAUACUUUGAAGUAUUUUGGUUCACCCAUCAUCUUUUUGUGAUCUUUUUUGCUGGUCUUGUCAUACAUGGAGCUGGACAAAUUGUACGUGGACAGACACAAAUUAGUUUGGAACAGCAUAAACCAAGAAUCUGCGUCAAACAGUUCACUCAGUGGGGGAAGACAGCUGAGUGUCCUAUACCACAGUUUUCUGGAAAUCCUCCUAUGACAUGGAAAUGGGUCGUGGGUCCAAUGAUUCUAUACCUCUGUGAGAGGCUGGUGCGGUUUUGGCGGUCACAACAAAAAGUUGUCAUCACAAAGGUUGUCAUUCACCCCUUCAAGACCAUUGAGCUCCAGAUGAAGAAGAAGGGCUUCAAGAUGGAAGUCGGGCAGUACAUUUUUGUCAAGUGUCCUGCUGUUUCCAUGCUGGAGUGGCACCCUUUCACACUGACUUCUGCCCCUGAAGAGGAUUACUUCAGCAUUCACAUACGUAUUGUAGGGGACUGGACAGAAGGCUUGUUUAAUGUCUGUGGAUGUGACAAACAAGAAUUCCAGGAUGCCUGGAAGUUGCCAAAGAUAGCUGUAGAUGGCCCCUUUGGCACUGCUAGCGAAGAUGUUUUCAGUUAUGAAACGGUGAUGUUGGUUGGAGCUGGCAUUGGAGUCACCCCAUUUGCAUCAGUCCUCAAGUCUGUAUGGUACAAAUAUUGCAAUGAUGCCACUAACCUAAGACUCAAAAAGAUCUAUUUCUAUUGGCUCUGCAGAGACACUCAUGCCUUUGAAUGGUUUGCUGACCUCUUGCAGUCACUGGAGACUCAAAUGCAGGAUAGAAGCAAUGCAGCAUUUCUUAGCUACAAUAUCUAUCUUACAGGCUGGGAUGAAUCUCAGGCGACUCACUUUACAGUGCAUCAUGAUCAAGAGAAAGAUGUGAUCACUGGUCUGAAACAGAAAACCCUGUAUGGGAGACCAAACUGGGAAAAUGAGUUCAAAAUGAUUGCAAAUCAACAUCCCAGUUCAAGGAUUGGAGUAUUCCUGUGUGGACCUGAAGCCUUGGCUACAACCUUAAGUAAGAUGAGUAUUACCAAUUCAGAAGCUGAUCCCCGUGGAGUGCACUUCAUAUUCAACAAAGAAAAUUUUUGAACAUUCUU